UACGAAAUCUUAUCAAUUGACAAGCAAACACAGGUGAUGUUGGUAUCAGUGCAAACUUAUAUUAGUAUCAAAGAAACACGCGCGGAAAAUAUGUCGUUUUCAGGAAAAAAAUACAGGAGAAUUGCGUGUGAAAACGUGGAGGAAAUUAUGAAAGCUGUCAAUGCCAGUGAGAGGAUUAUUCAAUUACUUAAAUGUUCUGCACCAACGUUCUGCUUCACGAGACUAGACGACUGCACCUUCGAAAUGACACUACACACGGUAGAUAAUGUCUACACACACACCUUCAGACUUGACGAGGAGACGGAGAUGGAAAGAAGAGAUGGUAGCAAGAUAAAAAUCACAUACACAUUGGAAGGAGAUAACGUCUUAAAACAAGUGAUCAAACAGCCGGAUGGGAAAAUUGCAUAUUUUAGGCGAGAAUUUGGAGAAACAGAGACCAAAAUGAUAAUCACAAUGGAAGGCACAGACAUGCAAGCGAAAAUAUACUACGAAGUUGUUGAAUGACAAUUUACUCAUGCAGUUAUGAGCAGAUGGGUGUCAAGUUUAUAGUGGGAUUUAAGUGAAUAAGACAGAGUUAUUUAUUUAUUUUUUUAAUUUACUAAAACUUUUUACAUUCGCUUUACAAAUCCCACGUAUGCAAAAAAAAAAACAAAACAAUGUAUACCUACAAUGUUUAUCACUUUAUUUAUCGAUAAGUAUUAUUAAAUAAA